AGGCUACACUGCUUCCACCGAUCGGGAAACGAAACUAACCCGCAGGGCAGGGUUGCGGAGGGGCCAUGGCUGCCGGGGACCUGGCCGGGAGCUUCCAGGAGGAGGUGACCUGUCCCAUCUGCCUGGAGUAUUUCACAGACCCAGUGAUCAUUGAGUGUGGGCACAACUUCUGCCGGGCCUGCCUCAGCCAGUGCUGGGGGGAGUCGGAGCCCAACUUCUCCUACCUGGGCUCCCUUGGUCGUCGCCGGUCUCCAGCCACGUCACAGCGCCGCCCUGCACGGGAGAAACUCCAGGAGGCCUUGGGCCCACUCAGGGAGCAGCUGGAGGACGCCCUGGCGCUGAGAACUGAAGAGGAGGAGAAAACCACGACGUGGCAGGUGAAGCGGGAGACGAUUGCCGGUGAAUUUAACAAGCUGCACACGCUGCUGAAGGAGGAAGAGCAGCUGCUUCUGCAGAGGCUGGUGGAGGAGGAGAGGGAGACUCUGCAGAGGCUACAGGAAAAUGUCUCCAAACUCUCCCAGCAAAGCUCGUCCCUGCAGCAGCUGAUCGCAGAGAUCGAGGGGAAGUGUCAGCAGCCGGUUGCUGAGCUGCUGAAGGACGUGAAAAGCACGUUGAGCAGGAGUGAAAACAUGAAACUCCAGGAACCAGAAGAUGUUUGCACCGACCUGCAGCGCGGGUAUAAAAUUUGUCUUGAUCUGAGGGAAGCUCUGAACAGAUUUGCAGUGGACGUGACGCUGGAUCCAGACACGGCAAAUCGCUACCUGGUCCUGUCUGAGGAUCGGAAACGUGUGAGACACGGAGACACGCGCCAGGAUCUGCCCGACAACCCCGAGAGAUUUGAGAAAUAUCCCAUUGUCCUGGGUACCGAGGGGUUCGCGGGCGGGAGGCGUUACUGGGAGGUGGAAGUGGGGGACAAGACUGCCUGGGACCUGGGGGUCUGCAGGGAAUCUGUGAGCAGGAAGGGGAAGGUCACAUACUCACCUAAGAAGGGAUACUGGGUCAUGUUCUUGAGGGAUGGUGGAUACAAGCCCUCCCCCUCCACCCCCCUCCCCGUGAGCGCCAGGCCCAGCCGGGUGGGGGUUUUCCUGGACUACGAGGCGGGCGAGGUCUCGUUUUACAAUGUGACUGACAGGUCCCAUCUCUUCACCUUCACCGGCACCUUCUCCGGGACGCUGCGCCCUUUCUUCUGUCCCUGUUCCAACGCCGGGGGCACCAACGCGGCUCCCCUGACCAUCAGCCCAGUGCCGGCCCAGGCGGGAGGGGAUCCCUGCCCCUGACAGUGACCCCCCGGCACCAACUGGCCCCUCCCAGCGCUGCUGUUCCUCCCCCCAGAGAUGGGAGCCGGUUACUGCAGGUACCUGGAUGUUUUGUGCCAACCGGUCGCUGCCCCUUUCCCUUUGCAACUGGAGCCUCCAGUGGAAAACCAGACACCUGGCAGCCCAGCCCAGGCUGGGUGAAUGGGACCCCCUGGCUGGAAGGAGCCCAGGCUGCCCUUCCCCCCUGGCCUGGGUUUGCUCCACCCCAGCAUAGAGUGAAACUGCUACGAAAGGCGGCCAGACAGCGGGUGGGGUUUGCUGCCCUCACCUUGCCCCAUCCCCUGCCCCAAGGCUAGCAGAGGGUGCUGGAUGGCGGAGGGAGAAGGGGACUUUCACUCCUGUCAGAGUCAAACACGACAGAAAAAGUGUCUUCUAAUUUAGAACCUGUCGUCGUUGUAAGCAGGCGUCGGCCCAACAACUUUUCCUUUAUGUUUCACCAGCUGUUUAUUAAAAAUCUAGUUUUAGAAAUGGAGGGAGCGGCCUUCAUUCUUCCCUCACGUCCAUAUGGACACGUGAGGUGCUGACAUGUGUGUACACCCUUGAACUGCGGCACUUCAAGCAAGCCAAAACAUUUCUCCGAACCCAAUUCAUGACGACUGUUCCGUGACAAUGUCCACGUGUCAUAACCAGCGCAGACACACACAUGCGGCUGCUCCCUCGCUCUUUUGCCUUGACCAGCUCUCUCUAGAACGUAGGGCUCCUACGCCCUAUACUGCGCUGCGCCUUCGAACAUUCAGGCUGUGUCUACA